AUGCCUUCCGUUCUCUCGCUGAGAUGCCCUCCGACUUCAGCUUUUGCCAACACCCGCGUCGAGUGGAAGGAGACACCCGAGGCGCACCUCCUCAAGGCGGACCUCCCUGGGGUGAAGAAAGAGGAGGUGGAGGAAGGCGAAAGGGUCCUCCAGAUCAGCGGCGAGCGGCACAAGGAGGAGAAGAGAGACAAGUGGCACCGCAUGGAACGGAGAGGCGGCAAGUUCCCGAGGAGGUUUCGGCUGUCGGAGAAUGCAAGGGUGGAUCAGGUGAAGGUGUUUGAUAUGAAGUACGAAGAUGUCAUAUGUGUUUGA